AUGGUCAAGGAGAAGGGAGCCCUCAUUACAUCCUAUCGCGGGAAGAAGACAGCACAUGAAAUUAAAAUCUUCGUGGUAGCUUAUUUCAGAGGGUGUCUCCUUAGCAGCUUUUUAAAUAGUAUUUUACCUUUGAGUAACUGUCCCCAGCUCCAGUGCUGCAGGCACAUUGUUCCGGGGCCUCUGUGGUGCUCCGAUGCCCCUCACCCACUGUCCAAGAUCCCCGGUGGGCGAGGGGCCGGCAGGGAUCCUUCUCUCUCAGCUCUAAUCUAUCAGGACGAGAAGCUCACUGUGACCCAGGACCUCCCAGUGCACGAUGGGAAGCCCCACAUCGUCCACUUCCGCUACGAGGUCACCGAGGUGAAGGUCUCCUCCUGGGACGCGGUCCUCUCCGGCCACAGCCUGUUCGUGGAAAUCCCCGAUGGGUCGUUGGCUGACGGGAGCAAAGAAGGAUUGCUGGCACUGCUGGAGUUCGCUGAAGAGAAAAUGAAAGUGAAUUAUGUCUUCAUCUGCUUCAGGAAAUGCCGCGAGGAUAGAGCUCCCCUCCUGAAGACCUUCAGCUUCUUGGGCUUUGAGAUUGUGCGUCCGGGCCACCCUUGCGUCCCCUCGCGUCCAGAUGUGAUGUUCAUGGUGUACACCCUGGACCAGGACGGCGGCGACUCCGAGGACGACUAGCCGGCAUGGAGGACGCCAUUUGGGCCGCGAGCCGCAGCCGGAGAGGCAAGGAGGGACGGGUGGCCCUAGGACGGAGGGAGCUCUGGGCCGCCGGGGGACGGACGCUGUGGGGCUCGGGGUGAGGGGGGGGGGCUGCUGUGUUCUUGGAGUUGUUGACUCGUUGAAAUGUGUUUUCCAUAAAGAACAGUAUAAACAUAUAUUCCCAUGUAAUCACCAAUAGUAAAUGAAGAUGUUUAUGAACUGGCAUUAGAAGCUUUUUAAACUGCGCUGUGUGGUGUACUCUAGCGUAGAGGGAGGGGCUGCCCGGGCCCUCCAGAGGCCCAGGGGAAGCCCCGGCCGGCUGUUCCAUUUUCCCACCCGUUGGGCUUUCUUUCUUUCUUUCUUUCCUGCCUCCCUCCCUCCCUUUCUUUCUCGUUUUAAAACUCGUGUACGUUUCUUUCCCCUCCACCUGUCACCCGGAGGCUCCUCCCCCUUCCUCUCGUCCGAGUUGGUUUUUGAUGACACUCCCCCUGGGUCCCUUCGCGGCACUUAGCCUCCUUGGACACGGUUGACCCUUCUUUACAGCUUAGUGCUAUUCUGGCUUUUGGUUAAGCAGGCUUAGUCUGUUCGAUGUUACCACUGCAGUCGAUAAAGGGGCAUUCACGUUCACCUUCUCCCCCGCCCCGGGGGGCUUGGCGUCGGACCGUCCGCCUGUCGGUCGGUCGGUCGGUCCCCCUCGGCUCCGCUGCCGGCCCCGCUCUUGGGAGCGAAUCCAGGGCCUUGAAGCCUCCUCCUGGAGCUGGAGAGCCAAGGGGUUGGGGGUGAGGGGCGUCCCCUCGGAAGUCGCUCUUCUGGGCCGGACGCCACCCCGCCCUUCUGCCAGGGCGGAUCAGCUGCCGCUCGAGGCCGAUUCCCCUCUCCACCGUGCUCAGAGUAGAGGCUGUCUGAGGCGUUCCCCCCCUCCCGUGACAGUGAGAGCACCUGGGGGUUCUCCUGGUGCCCUCCUCCUUUGGCUUAUCGAACAGCUUGUUCUUUCGGGGGGCUGGUGAGGGUGGGGAGCAGGGAAGCUGGACCUGGGCUGGUUUUCUGGGGGCGGGUGGCAGAGGCAGUGUGUUGUGUUACUGUGUCAAUAAACUGGUUUAAAACUGG